UCCUGGUUCUGAUGCAGUAGAUUGUGUUGGAGAUGUUUCUUCUUCUAACCUCCUUCCUGUCUGCAGAUGCCUGCCAGCUCACACUGGACCCCAACACAGCAAACAGAGACCUGUCUCUAUCUGAGGGGGCCAGGAAGGUGACACACACACACACAGAGCUGUCUCUAUCUGAGGGGGACAUGAAGGUGACAGUCACAGCGGGGAGAAAGCAGCCAUGUCCUGAUCACCCAGAGAGAUUUAGCUCCGUGUGGCAGGUGCUGUGCAGAGAGGGUCUGUCUGGGACUCGCUGUUACUGGGAGGCUGAGUACAGUCGGAGGGCUGAGAUUGCAGUGGUGUAUAAAGGAAUCAGCAGGAAAGGAGAACAGGAUUCUGACAGUGUGUUUGGAUGCAAUGAUCAGUCCUGGAGUCUGAGCUGCAGUGGUUCCGGGUUCUUUGCUCAGCACAAUAAUAACAUCACUUUCAUACCCCCCCCCUCCUCAGGCUCCCGCAGAGUAGGAGUGUAUCUGGACUGGCCGGCCGGCACUCUGUCCUUCUACAGCGUCUCCUCUGACACUCUGACCCACCUGCACACUUUCCACACCACAUUCACUCAACCCCUCUAUCCUGGGUUAGGAGUUUGGUUUAGCAGAGUGUCCCUGUGCAUGCUGGGAUAGAUCCCUGUAUCCUGGAGGAGUGGAUGGGAUAUUAUUCGCUGUUGUCAUGACUACAUAAAUCUCCACAUUAAUACUGACCGUGUACAAACACUGAAUAGGAUUUACUUACUAUGAUUUAUUCCAAUAUUGUAAAGGAGUGAUUUAUUUUAUUAAUAUUUUAAUAACAUGUUUUAUAAAAUCUUU